GUUCAGAGUCUGUGUGUUCCUCUAGCCUACUCUCACGUGGUGGAGAACACGGCGUUCUUCGGUGACGUGGCUCUGCGUUUCCCGCGCAUCGUCCAUCACUACUACGAUCAGAACGUGGACUGGAGUGGCCUGCUGCGCUGGGGUCUGCGUUUCUGCAACCAGACGGGCGUCUUCAGCGGAGGAGCCCAUCAGCACGUGCUCACGCUGAUGUCACAGGAGCUGGGGAUCACUGAGAAAUCUGCAGACUUCGUCAACCCCUAUCGCACCGAACGAGACGACGUGCUGCACACAGCCGAGGCCUUCCAGAAGAUUCUCCGCGAGGAAGAGAAGAGGAGGAGGAAGGAGGAGAAGAGGAAAGAGAUCCGGAAAGGUCCGCGGAUCUCUCGCUCUCGCACCGAGUUAUAGAUCUGACUGAAGAUCAGCCGUUUACACUCAAUCAGGGAGCCUGUGCUGAAUCUGCCACGGGCGUCGACGUUUACAGGCUUCAGAACGAGUCUCGGAUUCGCAACGCUUGAAUCGCUUCUGCUUUUAACUCUUGAGUGUGUGUUUAGUGCUGUAUUGGAUUAAGGGGGAGGAGUCAGGGUGGUGGGAGGAGCCAGAGUGGGCGGGGCCACUCUAGUGUUUGCUGUUGGAGUGGUGGGCGGGGAUGGGAAAGUGGGCGUGGUCAAAGAUGAAGGUAUUUUGAACACUGAUAUUUCGAUAUUUAACAAACACUUGAUAAGUUUUGAUAAUCUAAAAUCGGAAAUUGUUCAAGCUCCCACAUAUAUGAAAUUCAGUUGUUUAGAUUCAAUAUAAAUGCUUUAUUUGGGGGUACUUUAUAGUCUAAUAAGAGAAUUGUGGGUAAUUGAUGUCUUUUUCUGCUUUCUUUAGAAACUUAUUCAUUAAAACAUGUGUAUUGUCUGUGUGGAGUGUGCGCGCGUAUGAGAGAGCGUGAUGAUCUGACCUGAGAUCAGAGCUGCACUGCCAUGAGAGAAACUGUUUAAUGACGGAUCUGAAUCAGACUGAUAUCAGUGUGAAUGCGGUUCUGAUUCGCUUCGGUUUCUCCAGCUGCUGAAGUGAGACGAUCAUCCGAGACACCUUCACAGAGGCUUUAUCAGUCUGUUCACGUGACUGUUACUGAAAUCUGUAGAGCAUCAGUGGGAGAUUGUUAUCGACGGAAUGAAUAAAGUCUAUUUAACACAC